AUGCCGGGCGGUGUCAUCUCCUACCAGGAUUUCCAGACAAGCAACGGCGCAUUUGCCAACGAUGGUGGACCCUGGAUGGUCUAUAGAUCAUAUUUAGACGAUAUAAACUGUGGAGCUCGCCAGGAUGCCUGGUGUAGGGAUUACGCGUACUGUCUUGCUUGCUGGGUCUUUCCAAGCUCGUCCCAGCCAUCCUACACCGUCUCCUUGUUCACCAAUAUCUCAUUCGAGCUCGAUCGCUUUGGCAACGCCUCUCAACUCGACUACGAAUGGAAGUAUGCGCCGUGGUGGGGAAGUAGCAAGAGCGAAGUCGGCAGCGACCUUGUCAUGAAAUCGGCAGUGGGUGACCAGCAGUACACCGAUACACUCAAGGUUGGAAACUGGUCACUCCUACAGGGGACUGGGCAAGGUUGGGAUGGGACACCGUUCUCCCAUACAGGUACAGCAGCACUGUUAACAAACGCCGAGAAGACGGUUGGGUACCUUCAAGUUGCGAUCAACGUUACUUUUCCUCGCCAACCCGCCGAGUACAUUAAUUACUAUGUCAAAGGCGCUUCGCUCAAAAUCACUACACCAACGACGACGCCGUUGCCGCCAGGAAAUACACCUGGAUCACCACCGGCUGCAAAGUCGAAUACUGGCGCUAUUGUGGGAGCAGUGCUCGGCGCCGUCGCCAUGAUUAUCCUGGCCGUCAUUGGUUUCCUCAUCUUCAGGCGGCGCCAAAAGCGGCAAGAGGGCGAACUACACGAUGAUACCGCCCCCUCUCGCCGAUCCGCUCUUCACCCAACACCCUUCCCACCGAUGCAGCAAAAUCCUGUAGCCUCGACAAGUAACGAUACACGGUUCAUCAUUCCCUCAGGAGGGCCUGUGAUGACGCCUGCUAGUGACCAAGGAUCAUUGCUCAUGUCGACGUCUGCCGCCGAAAACGCCGCGCUUCUUCCACAGCGCCAAACCGUCGUCGUCUCCCCUGAAUUCUCCAACACGAAUUCAUCCGGCGCAAAUGGAUUCCGUCACUCGAACAGCGCUUAUACGGCCUACACCAACGACACGCCACCAGCCUAUAUAGGCCCCACCUCGCCUCGCCCACCGCAGUCGACAGUCGACAGCGGCACGCUAUCCGUCACAGGUAUGGGUGGAACGAGUAUGUCCCUUGCGCAAUUUGCGCAGGAGAAUCGUGGUGUGAUUCCAGAGGACCUGGAGGCAAAGCUCUUGAGGGCGGGCUACACGCCGAGUGAUGAUCCAGAUGCAAUCUCGGAAGAGGAAUGGCGAAGAGACUGGGGAGUGACCAAGCUUGAGCUGUCGAGAUUGCGCGCGCUCUACCAGCGAGGCGCGCAAACAGGCACGGGCUCAUCGUUCAGCCCCAGCACAGGAGGCGGUUGGCAGUCGCAUAUCAAACGAUGA